AUGAGCAGUGGGAAAAGUGAGAGCAGCCCAGUGACAGUGCAUGUCUUGGAUACAGUUUCUGGUAAGCCGGCGCAGGGGAUAACAGUUGAAAUCAGCGACGCGUCCAAGAAUACAAUGGGCAUUGAAAAAACAAAUGAAAAUGGUCGCUGCGAUACCAUCCUAGAAAAACUCAUACAGAAUAGACCAGCAAAAGGCGCGUAUAAAGCCAGGUUCUAUACAGAGGAGUACUGGUCAAAGAAAUAUACAAUACCAUUCCAUCCGUUUGUCGAUGUUUGGUUCAGUAUACUCAACACCAAGGAGCAUUAUCAUAUACCACUGCUCAUCACUCCUGCCAGCUACACGACUUACAGGGGAUCGUAG